GCCCUGGACAGCGAAGUUCAUUACCACGACCGAAAGAUGUCCAACCGACACGUCGGCAAGUACGGGUUCGGCACCGGAGGGGUGCAGUCUGGAAGCAAAGCGUCACAGCUGAUGUCCAGUGAAGCCAAAGGAAGCGGUGGAGGGGUAAGAAGUGGAGGGGCGACUUCCACUCUGCAGAAGAUUGGGGGCACCGGUGAUUCCAGGGGAUACUCACCAGGUGGGAUUGGCAGCGGCACCCCGGCAGCACAUAACAUGUCCCAUGAAGCCAGAAGCAGUGGCGGUGGGGUGCCUUCAGGGGGCACCACUUCCACUGUGCAGUCAGUCUCAAUGGGUGGAAAUGCUGGAGUACAUUAAGAAGAGACAAGGACAGGGUGCUGAUGGGCACUGAAGAUGAUCGUUUCCCUCCAGGCAACGCCAUGCUGUGUAACUCAAUAAAAUGAUUUUAGAACCUUU